GCCGCGAUGAGGGACGUGGAAAUGCACGAUGCGGAUCUGCGGAACCAGAUUUCUUCGCUGAAGUCUAUCGACAACAUAGCCUACUCGUCAAGCAAAUCCUCGAGCGUGGGUAGCGAUGAGCAGGUGCUCGCGCGAUUUGGUAAAAGGCAACAGUUCAAGCGAAACUUCAAUCUGUUGACUAUCGUGGCAUUAUGCAGCACAGUCAUGAAUUCAUGGGCAGGCAUGUUGACUGGCCUCCAAGUUACGCUGUUUAACGGUGGACCGACUGGUUUUCUCAUAUCGUUUCCUGUUGUCUUCCUCGGCGUCCUCAUGCAAACCUUGAUAGUAGCUGAGCUAUCAUCAAUGAUGCCACUGGCGGGUGGUCAGUACAACUGGGUCGCCAUACUGUCUCCCCCUCGCCUUUCCAAUUUUCUUUCCUACUUCACUGGCUGGAUCAUUACCAUUGCAUGGCAAGCGGGCGCCGCCGGAGUCGCAUUCUUGACGUCCAACCUUAUCCUAGCUCUAGCUAACGUAACGCACCCGGACUAUGCCAUGCAGAAGUGGCAUGUAACCCUCACAUUAUUCGCAGUGAUUGCCUUGGGAGUGUUUGUGUGUACGGUUCUGGGGAGGAUUCUGCCAAACAUCGAAUCGCUCGCAUUCGUCAUUUUCGUCAUGGGCUUUUUUGUCUUGCUGAUCGUUCUGUCGUAUCUCGCGCCUAAGACGGAUAGUCCGCAAGUUUUCCAUAACUUCUUUAACGGGGGCGAAUGGAACAACAACGCUGAAGCUGUUUUCGUUGGUGCUAUCCCGAUUAUGUUUGGAUUCAAUGGAAAUGAUGCUGGUGUUCAUCUAGCUGAAGAAGUCAAAGGCGCUUCCAGAGUUGUGCCGAAGGCUACCAUCAUCUCAGUGGUGCUGUACUUUGUCAUGGGUUAUUCCAUGGCAGUUCUCAUACUGUACUGCUUUACGUUAGAGGAAGUACUCACCAGUCAAUACUCAAUUCCAGUACUGGGUAUAUUCCAAAAAGUGACGCAAUCCAAUGGCGGAACAGCAGCUUUGGCAUCGCUCAUCAUCGUCAUGUUGAUAUUCGGAACGAUCGGCGCAAUGACGACAGCUUCCCGUAUGCUAUGGGCUUUUGCCAGAGAAGACGGCGUUCCUUUUUCUCGGUACAUUUCCAGAAUCGAACGCAGAUCAGGCCUCCCACUUUACUCUAUCGCCACGACUGCCAUCAUUUCUAUGCUCUUCGCUCUCAUAGGCCUCGGAUCUGACGCUGCAUUCAAUGCUUUGACGGGACUCACAGUCGCUUCGUUCUACACCGGCUUCAUGGGUUGCGCCAUCCUUAUGCUGUACCGCCAUUUCACCGUAUCGAACAUGCCGUGGGGUCCCUUCCAACUAGGCAUGUGGAGGGUUCCAGUGGCGAUUUUGUCGCUAGUCUACAGUAUUACAGGAAUCAUCUUCUGCUUCUGGCCACCCGUGGCGCUUGUUACAGUUGAAACAUUCAAUUGGUCGCUAGUUGUGUUUGUCGGGGUGGUAAUGAUCUCGAUCGGGUGGUGGGCAGUGAGCGCUCGGAAGACCUACCAAGGGCCAAGGAUGGAGAUUUCUAGCCAAAGAUGGCUGGAGCUGUUUGCUGAGCCGGGCAUGUGCGUGGAACAAGAGCCCAGUCCUGCAAAGACGCCAGAACGGAGAGAGCAUAGCGCGGAUCAUCUGUCGCCGUGA